AUGACCGGGGCCGCCCGGCGAGGUCCCGGCAGACCCGAGCCGGGCCGCGUCCCCCAACGGACCAUGGCCUCCCCGCGCCUAGCCACAUUCUGCUGUCCCACGCGGGACGCGGCCACCCAGCUCGUGCUGCGCUUCCAGCCCCGGGCCUUCCACGCGCUCUGCCUGGGCAGCGGCGCGCUCCGCCUGGGGCUCGGUCUCCUGCAGCUGCUGCCCCCGCGCCGGCCUGCGCGCCCCGCGGUCUCCGCGGCCGUCCCGGGCUCUGCCCCGCCAGUCUCGGUCCGCAUCCUGCGCGCUACCAUCGCCUGCGACCUGCUCGGCUGCCUGGGUAUUGUGGUCCGGUCUGCAGUGUGGUUAGGAUUCCCAGAUUUUGUUGAAAACAUCUCAGGAGUGAACGGAACAGACGUCUGGCCUGCUGCUUUCUGCGUGGGGAGUGCGAUGUGGAUCCAGCUGUUGUACAGCGCCUGCUUCUGGUGGCUGUUUUGCUACGCAGUCGACGCCUAUCUGGUGAUACGGAGAUCCGCAGGACUGAGCACCAUCUUACUCUAUCACAUGAUGGCCUGGGGCCUGGCUGCCGUGCUCUGCGUGGAAGGAGGGGUCAUGCUCUACCAUCCCUCCCUGUCCAGGUGUGAGAAGGGUCUGGAGCACGCCAUCCCCCACUACAUCACCAUGUACUUGCCGCUGAUGCUCGUCCUGGUAGCCAACCCCAUCCUGUUCCGGAAGACGGUGACUGCAGUGGCCUCUCUGCUGAAAGGAAGACAAGGCAUUUACACAGAGAACGAGAGACGGAUGGGAGCCGUGAUCAAGAUCCGAUUUUUCAAAAUAAUGCUCGUUUUAAUGAUUUGCUGGUUGUCGAAUAUCGUCAAUGAAAGCCUUCUAUUGUAUCUUGAAUUGCAACCGGAUAUCAACAGAGGCUCCUUGAAAUACCUCAGAAUUGCAGCCAAGACCACGUGGGUCAUCAUGGGGACACUGAAUCCAGCCCAAGGAUUUCUCUUGUCUCUGGCCUUCUACGGCUGGACAGGGUGCAGCCUGGACUUCCUGUCUCCCAGGAAGGAGCUACAGUGGGAAUCACUGACCACCACAGAGGCUGAGCAGGCCUGUGCCUCCCCCGCGGGCUCCUUCAGGCCCUGUGACAGCCAGGGGACCAGGAAGACAGCACGAGGCUUCGGGCACACAUCUGACGAGGCCCUGAGCCUGCUGUCUGAAGGUUCGGAUGCCAGCACAAUUGAAAUCCAUACUACAAGUGGGGCCCACCACAGAAAUGAGGCUGACUUGACUCCGGGAGCCCAGGGAGACCCAUGA